GACAGACAGCCUGCCUUCUCGGCGCCAGGGAUGUGAAGCCGGGGGUGGGAGCCCCUUCCCCAGGCGUCGCGGGGGAUGGAUUUCCGGGCGGCCUUCCUCGGCUGCUGCUGCUGCCUCUGGCCGCUGAUCGCUCUCCCCCUUGCCCAAGGGAUUGACUGCAAGCCUGGUUGCCAUCCACUCUAUGGAUUUUGUGAAGUUCCCGGUGAAUGCAGGUGCCAACCUGGCUGGCAAGGCCCUCUCUGUGAUCGGUGCAUCCCUUUCCCAGGUUGCCAGCAUGGAGCCUGUGCCAAACCGUGGCAAUGCAUCUGUGAAGAAGGAUGGCUCGGCAGCCUUUGUGACACAGCUGUUCAUCCGUGCUCUUCAAAACCUUGUAUGAAUAACUCGACUUGCAUAGAAACUGGCGAAGGCGGCAGAUAUAUUUGCUUGUGCAUUCAAGGAUACGCUGGGAAAGACUGCCACGUGAGAAAGGGGCCCUGUAUAGUUAACGGUUCUCCCUGCAAGAACGGUGGCACCUGUGUGGAUGAUGAUGGCUUCGCACCCCGACCCUCCUGCCUGUGUCUUCCUGGCUUUGCCGGCAUGUCUUGUGAAACGGAGGCAGACCCCUGCGAGUCGAACCCGUGUCAGAAUGGAGGAAGGUGUACCAACAUCAGCGGGGGCUUCAGCUGUCAAUGCCCUGCUGGGUACGGAGGUGUGUUCUGCGGCAGCCCCGUCACAUUCUGUGCCAGCAACCCAUGCGCCAAUGGCGGGACGUGUCAUGAACACCCGGAAGGAGGUUUCGAAUGUCUUUGCAAGCCACACUUUGUCGGGGUCACCUGUGCUUCUCGCCACAGAAAUGCCAGUGGGAUCACGCUGGCCAAACACAAGCAGAAUCACCACCUGCACGUGAAAGUUUCCCACAGACCGUUUCGUCCACAAGAACAGGAUGUCCUGACCAUAAGAGAGACCAUUGAAAACAGGCCCUCCUUCCUCAAUAAGAGCCAGGUCAUUUGCUUCAUCGUCUUGGGCUUGCUGACAUGUCUCAUCGUGCUGGGAACUGCGGGGAUUGUGUUUUUUUCCAAGUUUGAAAUGUGGCUCGCAAACGCCCGAUACACCCACCUGGUGCGUAAGGAGCGGGAUUGCUACCUGAAGGCCAAUGAGGGCGAGAACCUUUCAGUGAACAUCAUUUUCCCCGAGAAAAUCAAACUGACCGACUACUCUAAGAACUAUACAGCCAUCUAGUUUCUACCCACCGCUUUUUGUUUUAACCCCAACCAGUCAAGGUA